AUGAGUUCAAUAACAAAUAAUUCUGUAGAAAUCUCAUCAUUUUAUCCUCAUCUUUCAAUGAUGCCAUCAUUAAUUAAUAAUGUUCCUAAAUUACCACCAAAUAUUUAUCGACCAAAUUCAUGGAUGGAUCUAUCAAUGCAACCAUAUUUUUAUUAUAAUAUAGCUGUCAAUGAUCCCAAUCAUAAGCGAAAAAAUGCGACACGCGAAACAACGGCUACACUUAAAGCAUGGCUUUAUGAACAUCGAAAAAAUCCAUAUCCAACAAAGAAUGAAAAAAUGAUCUUAGCUAUGGUUACAAAAAUGACAUUAACACAAGUUUCAACAUGGUUUGCUAAUGCUCGACGACGUUUAAAAAAAGAAAAUAAACUUCAUCGAACAACAAAUAAUAGUAAAAGUGAAGAAGAUGAAGAUGAUGAUGAUGAUGUUGUUGAUGAUGACGAUGAUGAUGAUGAUGAUGGAGAAGAUGAAAAUGAGAAUGAUAAUGAAUCUCAUAUGAAUAAUAUUGAACAAGAACAGACAAUUCAAAAUUCAAAUACAAAUAAUUUAAAAAGAAAACGUGAUGAUAAUGAUACAAAUUCAUUUUCAACACCACCAAAAACUCGACCAAAAAUAUGGUCUAUUGUUGAUGUUGUUCAAUCGAAUGAAACUAAACAAACAAAUUCAUCAUCAUCAUCAUCAAAUAUAAUACAUCCAUAUAUUACACCUUCUAUACCAUAUUUAUUAUAUCCACCAUCAUCAACAAGUUCACCAUCACGUUCAUCUGAACAUUCAACAAAUUCAUUAUCAUCACCGAUAUCAUCAUCAGCUAGUUGUUCACCGACGAAAUAA